UCUGCGGAGUCCUCCGACCAUGACCAGUCUAGCCUGGGCCGAACCGCAUGGAUGCUAACGAAGUCAGACCGAGCCAAUCCUACCUCGGUCAUAUCACCCCCUUUCUCACCUAAUUGUUCCUCUCAUUCUUGAGGAUUCCUCACCUUACCUGCGGGUUCUCACUCUCAUCGCUGUCCUCGCAACUCCAUCGCCACUUCCGUCCGGCUCGAACUCAAGGUGCGCGAGAGCUGGGUUUGGAAGUUUGUGUUUGUUGAAGAGUGGGAGUUUGCUGUAGUGGUGAGCGAUGGCGACUUCGUUGCAUCUGUCGUUGGCUGCCUCUGCGCCGGCGUCGAGCUUGAGGAGCUCUUCGACUUUCUUUGGGAGUUCCGGGGUCCUUGCACGCCGGUCAGUCUUGGUCGGAACGAGCAGGAGGAAUGUGAAUCUUGUAGUGGAGGCUAAAAUUCGGGAAAUUUUCAUGCCUGCGCUGAGCUCUACCAUGACGGAAGGCAAAAUCGUGGCGUGGAAUAAGACCGAAGGCGAGAAGCUUACCAAAGGUGAGAGCGUCGUGGUGGUGGAGUCCGAUAAGGCCGACAUGGAUGUAGAGACGUUCUACGAUGGCUUCCUGGCCAAAAUUGUGAUUGGGGAGGGAGAGACAGCACCUGUUGGAGCUGCCAUUGGACUGCUCGCGGAGACCGAAGAAGAAAUUGCCGAAGCUAAGUCCAAGGGAUCUGAACAGAAGGCCCCAGCUGCUGCUAAGCCCUCUCCUGUUGAGGAGAAAGUUCUGCAUCCCCCUGCCCCUGUUGCCACUCCACCUGUAGCAGCUGUUCAGGUUGCUCCAGAGCCCGCUGCUCCCGAGGUAUACAGGUCGGGCAGAAUUGUGGCUACUCCCUACGCUAAGAAGCUUGCUAAACAGUACAAUAUUGAUCUUGCCACCGUAGCAGGCUCUGGGCCCUCAGGUCGUAUCGUUGCCGAGGAUGUGGAGGCCUCUGCUGGCAAGGCCCCCGCCCCUGUUGCAGCUUCUGUCCCAUCCGUGGCGCAACCUGCCGCUGCGGCUGCUCCCACUCCCGCUGCUCCCGUAGCGCCUGCUGCAGCCCCUGCCCCUGCUCCUGCCGGCUCGGUGGCAUUCACAUCAAUGCAGGCUGGUGUUGCUCGCAACAUGGUGGACAGCAUGUCCGUUCCCGUGUUCCGUGUCGGUUACACUGUCACCACUGAUGCGUUGGACGCCCUCUACAAGAAGAUCAAGUCGAAGGGCGUGACAAUGACUGCACUUCUUGCUAAGGCUUGUGCACUUGCCUUGGCGAAGCAUCCCGUUGUGAAUGCCUGCUGUAAGGACGGAAAGAGUUUCAUAUACAACGAAGACAUCAACAUUGCUGUUGCCGUUGCAAUGGACGGCGGUCUUCUCACCCCAGUUCUCAAGAAUGCCGACAAGGUGGAUAUCUACUCAUUGUCUCGCUCAUGGAAGGAACUUGUUGACAAGGCCCGCGCAAAGCAGCUUUCACCGGCAGAGUACAACUCAGGUACCUUUGUUCUAUCGAACCUUGGAAUGUUCGGAGUAGACCGAUUUGAUGCAAUUCUCCCUCCCGGCAUGGGUGCAAUCAUGGCGGUUGGAGCAUCUGUUCCCACAGUCGUUGCCACAGGAAAUGGCUUAUUUGGAGCGAAGAAUAGGAUGACGGUGAAUGUUACCGCUGACCACAGAAUCAUCUACGGUGGAGACCUAGCUGUGUUUUUGCAAACAUUUGCAGCAAUCAUUGAGAACCCUACAGAACUUACCAUGUGAUUUUACUGAAAAAACGCGACCUCUGUGAUGAACCAAGAGCUACUGCUGAUGUGCACUGCAAUUGUGUAGUGUAUUAUUGGAACCUCAUUCCGUCUCCAGUCUCAACCUGGCCGAAGUUUCAAACUUGGAGAGAUGGGUCUGUCCAGCAGAUCCUUAAACGUGCAAAGGAUCAGCAACACUCUAAACAGGUUGGUGGUGAUUCAAUUAGUACAGCUUAGAUUAUGCUGAGCAUAAUGAGAAUGUACUCAAAGGUAUAAUUUCCAGGUUGGUAACUAUUUGCUUUUUACGAUCCA